GCUCUAUUGUAUAAUUAUAUCCUCUUUUUUUUUUUAGGAGGUUUAUUGAGAUACAAGUUAUUGAUGAUGAAGAAUAUGAAAAAAACAAGAAUUUCUUCAUAGAGCUGGGAGAGCCGGAAAUGCAAAGAGGAGGUGAGAGACCAACAAUUCAGGUAGGAAUAAAAUUUGCAGAGUCAAAGCAUUUCAAAUCAGAACAGUUAUGGGUGUCUGUUUCAAAAAGAGAUACACAGUGAUCAGCCACAACAUUAAAACCACCUGCCUAAUAUUGGAUAGGUCCACCUCCUGCUGCCACAACAGCUCUGAUGCGUUGAGGCAUGUACUCCACAAGACCUCUGAACGUGUCCUGUGGUAUCUGCCACCAAGACAUUAGCAGCAGACCCUGCACGUUGUGAGGUGAGGCCUCCAUGGAUCUGAUUUGCUGUUCCAGCACAUCCCACAGAUUCUCAAUUGGAUUGAGAUAUGGGAAAUUGGAGGCCAAAGCUUUUUGUCAUGUUCCUCAAACCAUUCCUGAAUAAUUUUUGCAGUGUGAUAGGGUGCAUUAUCCUGCUGAAAGUGACCCCUGCCGUCAGGGAACAUAACUGCCAUAAAGGAGUCUAUGUGGUCUCCAACAAUCUCUAGGGAGGUGGUACAUGUCAAAGUAACAUCCACAUGAAUGCUAUGACCCUGCAAAAUAUUGUCCAAAGCAUAACAUUACCUCCGCCAGCCUGCCUUCUUCCUUUCGGGCAUCCUGCUGCCAUUUAUUCACGAGGUAAACAAUACACCCGGCCAUCCACCUCAUCUAAAAGGAAAUGUGAUUCAUCAUACCAGGCAACCUUCUUCCAUGGUCUAGUUCCCCAUUUAAUGCAUCUUUGGUGGUGGAGAGGUAUCAUCAUGUGCAGUCUGACAGGUCUGGAUGCAGCAAACUGUGAUGCAUUGUGUGAUCUGACACCUUUCUAUCAUGGCCAGCAUUACAUUUUUCAGCACUUUGAGCUACAGUACCUCUUCUGUGUUUUCAGACCAGACAGACUAGCCUUUGCUCCUCCUGUGCAUUAAUGAGCCUUGGGCACCUAUGACCCUGACGCCAGUUCACCGGUUGCCCUUCUUUGCACCACUCUUGGUAGGAACUAACCACUGCAUAGCAAGAACACCUCACAAGACUUGCUGUUUUGGAGAUGCUCUGACCCGGUAGUUUAACCAGCACUAUUUGGCCCUUGUCAAAGUCACUCAGGUCUUUUAGCUUGCCCAUUUUUCCUGCUCCCAAGACAUGGACUGAGUUCACUUGCUGCCUAAUAUAUUCCAUCCCUUCACAGGUGCCAAUGUAACCAUAUAAUCAAUGCUAUUCACUUCAUCUGUUUGCGGUUUUUAAUGUCGUGGCUGAUCAGUGUAGCUUCCUUCCACUGUGACAGAAAGAAACAGGUUGUUUUGGUUUAUGGAUUUUUUUCUUUUGAUUUUGAGAGAGAAAAAUCUUAAGCAGACUAUAAGGAUUUAAAUAAAAAAAUUUAAUCAUAAAGCAGCAUUUCCAAUGCUGUGUAAUACAACAGGGAUGUCAUGGUUUGAGCUGGAGGGGUGCCAAAAACAUAAUGGCUCAGCAAUCAAAGAGCUAAGUAGGAACCCAAGAAGCAAACUGAUAACACAAGAGAAUGGCUUACAGCAAUAUAGAUCAGUGGUUAAAACACAAAGUAAAAAAACACAGUAUGAUUAAAACAAACACUAGGAAGAUAAACAAGGGCAUCUCUGGAUGGGAGCAGGCCUCAUGAUGCGGGGAGAAUAGACCCUCAGGAUGAGAGAAGAGAUGAUUUUAGGAUAUAAAGAGCAGGCCCUCAGAAUGUGGGGAGAACAGGUCUCAGAAUUCACAGGACUUCAGGAGUCUCUGGGCAGGAAGGGCGGUUAGGGACAAACAGUUAAACAAUAAACUGUACACACAAUUCUUUGCCACCAGACAGGUGGAAAGGCUGGUCUAUAUAAGAGUAUCUGACUUGCCAAUAAGGACCAGCUGACUGCACAAUCAGAUGUCUACAGUCCGCAAUCCAUGCCUACAACAGCACCACAGCAAGCUAGUGGCUGUGAGAGGUAUUGCACCAGACUGAGACGUAUAAACCGGGCAAUUACUAUGGGAGCUUUACACACAGUCAUGAAAGCAUGAUAUUUUAGACAGGAAGGACUAAGCACAUAGCCAAGGGUAAUGUGUACUCCUAAUGUCAAGUCAAAUUUCCCAUGUUUAAGUCUUCACGGACAUUAUCGCUAUACAUACCUGAUCACUAGCACAAAAGUUGAAACUUUGAUUUUUAUUUUAAAGUUAAGUUUUAGAUGGUAUGUUCUCUGUUGCAUACCCUAAUGCAAUCCACAUGCCUUGGACUGAGAGAGGAUUGGUUGUGCAGGAAAAAAAUAUUGUCGGCUUGCACGUUUAAUUUAGGCCCACUUUUAUUUAUUUUUUUAGGUGAUGUUGGUGAAAAAUGGUUGGUGCCUAACAAGGGAGGAGAAAAAAUUGCUGGGAGCCCGAGUCUUGGGGAGCAUCGCAAGAUGGAAGUCAUAAUAGAGGAAUCAUAUGAAUUCAAGGUAAGAGGGUUGUAGAGGAGGGAGCGGUGUGGUAGCGUAGAUGUGGUGCAGAGGAACAAAAAUAUGUACUGACUGCAAAAGUUGCAAGGAAAGAAAAGGGGGCACAAGACUCAGUGAGGAGUGUCAAUGGAGGAGACCAUUUAUGUUAUUUAAAGUGUCUCUAGGAAUUUUCUAUAUAUUAUUUUAAAGUAGAUGUGGGGCCUGAAAUAGACACCCCCGCUUUGGCUCCAGUGGCUGCGACAUGCAGGGUAGGUGAGUUUUACUUAACUCAAAUGGUCUUUAGUGGCCUCUGCAUUUCUCAGCAGUGGUGUUACUGUAUAGACCAAACUUUAUACAUAAUACAGACUAAGGAACAGCGCACACAUAGAUUUCAAUUUUAAAAGGAUAGUUAAAAUCAGAUAGGUACCUUUUUCAUGUGUUUUCAGUGUAGUGAGGUUCUCGUAACUAGGCUCACAGUCACUCAGUACUCAGAAGAGGCACUGCAUUAAAUAAUAUUUCAUCCCCAUCUUUGGAGAGGCUUACUUUUUCUUGUUUGCACCCAAAAUCGAUGUGACUGGCAAAGUGGCAUCCCAUUCAUUUCCGGUAAAAUAGGGAUACUGCAGACUGUUUUAAAGUGCUCUUUGAUCGGGCAAAGGAAAAUUUAGAAAUUUGAGGAAAUGAAAGAUGUUUAUUCACAAAUCAAACAGGCAAUAGUUUGGCGAUAUUUCUCAGAAAGGCUCAUCUGAAGCCAAAAUAUCAUCUGUGCUGUUUGUGAAUAUAUAUUGUUUUUAAAAGAUUGUCCAGUCUGCCUGCUGAUUUCUUCAACUAUAAGAAGUUUGGAGUUAGUUACCCUCCACAAUGUGGCACCUGUCCUCCUUUUAUUUGGUGUGUGCCAUCUGUGACAGAGCUCCCUGUACCCGGGAAAUCUGAAGCGCUACUGCCCCAGUCACUGCAGCUUGACUGAGGUCCUUCUGGAGCUUUUCAACCCGACCAGGCUGCAGCUCUACUUCCAGGCAAGUAGUGUCCCCUCUUCCUAUUCCGCUGCAGCUUGUCUUCCAGGCAGGUAUCAUCCCCUCUGCCUAUUAUUCUGCAGCAAUUGCUAUUGCCUUUACAAAAAUCACUUGCAGCUCUCAGGCCUAGCUCUCUUGAUUUAUCUCAGGGCUAGAGGGAUUGUGCAGCUAGCCAACAGGUCCAAAGACUCUGUCACUGUGAUCCCUAAAAAUCCAAACAGGACACCCGGUUCCAAAUGGAACUAACAUGCAAAGCUUUAUUUUCUACUUGGGACUAGCCCAUAUACUUAUUAUAUCAAGUUUGCUGUGACAAACUUAUUAAAAUACAAAUAACCAAAACAUACAGGGGAUUAUAAUAAAAUAAUAACAUAUUUAUAAAGGGGUGGGGAAGACAAUUUUAAACACAAACUAUCUCUGCUGAAUUACAAAUAUGCAAAUUAACAAGCCUUGCUAUUCAGGUAGUGCAUAUAGCUGUUGCUACCAAGAGAGGGCGCUAUACAGGCUCCAUAGCCAAAUCCACUUAGUUAGUAACAAGCAUCAGCAGGACAGGAGAGCACACAAGACAAUUAACAAUAUACAACACAUUAUAAAGAUCCUGAACCUAUAACCUUUUUGUGUAGCAGCAAAUAUUUGGGAAGGGAAAACAUAGCAGAUUAUAAAGAACAUUUGUGUGAAUAAACAAGAACAGAAUUAGAUUGAGACUGGACAAUGUUACCAGAUGGAUUCAUGCCUUCUAGUUAUCCUUUACCCCUUUGAUUUUUACACAGAGCACAGUGGACAAGCUGAUUAAGAAAGCCAACUUAGCUCUUGUAGUUGGAAGCAGUAGCUGGAGAGAACAAUUUGUGAGUGCGGUUACUGUCAGCGCAGGUGAGCACCCCACACAUUUGCACACUCACUUUACUUUCAAAGCCAGCAAUCUUAAGCUCACUUAAGCUUUUACAUUUCAUACUUGGCCAGUCCUUUCCUUUUUGUGAUCAAUGAAAACACAAAUGUUUAACACGUUCCUCACAUUACUAACACUGCUUUGUCCCUUUCUUGCAAACUUUUAUCCCUAUCUUGGCAUGAUACCCAUCAAAUAUUCUAUCCUUUGUAUACCCUACUGCUUUUUCUCUAUUGGUCAUUCUCUUUUUUUCACUAUUCUUUGUCUUCUUUCACAUUAUCUUUAAAACUCAAUCCUUUUUUUUUAAUUUGAAUUUGAUUUUUGUUUUAUCCAUGCUACUGACCAUCUCCAUACUUUCCUUUGCCUCUUUCUUUCACACUUUUUUUUCUUUGGUGCUAUAUUUGCUAUUCUGUCCUCCAUAUGUUUCCCCCUAUUGCUACCUUCCUGCAUGAUCUGCCACCACCGGGCAGGAGAUGAUGAUGAUGAGGAGAGCAGUGAGGAAGGGCUACCCAGUUGCUGUGACUACAUCAUGCAUUUCCUGACCGUCUUCUGGAAGGUCCUCUUCGCCUUUGUUCCACCAACCGAAUACUGGGGGGGCUGGGCCUGCUUCUUGGUCUCCAUCGUCAUCAUUGGGAUCCUCACAGCUGUCACUGGCGACUUGGCUGCUCACUUUGGCUGUACUGUGGGGCUCAAGGACUCUGUCACUGCUGUAGUCUUUGUUGCUUUGGGGACAUCUGUACCAGGUAUGGAUUGUUAUUUUUUUACAUCUUGUAGUUUUGUACUUUUUCUUUUUUAAACCCCUUUGCAACCUCUAAGGGUUAAGCCUAUUUACAUGAGAAGACAAUGAGGAUUUGAGGGUUUUGUGGAUUACAUUUCUUUUUGUAAGUAUAAAAUUGUAUUUAUUUAUUUUUUUAUUUACAGCUUUUUUUUUAAGUUAAGGAACACCUCUCCCUUCUGAAUAUGUUUUAGAUUUAGGAUUAGAAGGGACUUAGAAUAUGGCUAUUGUGGAAAUAGUAUAUAAAAGAUAUAGUGUGUUUUGUGACAAGUAGCUUGGGGACCUUAUAUAUAGCACCUAUGCUCUAUUUAUAAGGUACUCUGUUCCUUUAGAAUAUAGAUGGAAAAGGUAGCCUGACUUGUGGACCCCCAACUUACCUUCUAUGCAUUACUUUCACCCCAAGGCAGAAGGAGUAGAAAAGAGAGCAAGGCCAUGCAAUGGGGCUCACUUGGUUUUAUUGUCCACCAAAUCAGUAAAUUUGGUUUGAAGGUUAAUUCUUGGUAAAUCAAUAGUUGUUGGGAACCACAUUGGCUUUUUUUCAGGGGAAAGUUUUCUCCUUUAGCUCUUCCCAGUUACUAUAGGUUGCUAGUUAACAGUUGUUAGUUAUGUGUUUCGGGAAGCUCUACUUUCUACAUCCCCAAUAAAGAUACACCAUAAUUAAUGGGUUGUACUUGGAAGCCAACAUGUAGGAUCCACUGGUAAGUAGCUUGAGGCUAAUUUCUAACUGUGAUGCCUUCACUAAUUAAUUAUUGUAUCUAUGUCAGCUUCCAAACGGACCUACAUAAAUGCUCACCAAUAUGUGUAUUAUAGAAGUAGAGAUGUCUCUAAACAGACAUAAAAAGAUAGCAGCAUGGGAUGAAAUUUGCACAGGUCGAAAGGCAAAAUGUGGAGAGCAUAGAGAAAAUACGUGAAAUAAAACGAAUUGCAUAUAAGAUAACACUUCUUUUUCACCAUACUAAGGCAGAUAUAUUUUGUCCAUGAUAAUCACAGAGCAGUUACUUACAUUCAUUUUCUCCUUUUCUAUUGUAUCUUCAGAUACUUUUGCCAGCAAGGUGGCUGCAGUGCAAGAUCCUUAUGCAGAUGCUUCCAUUGGUAAUGUGACGGGCAGUAAUGCAGUGAAUGUUUUCUUGGGCCUAGGAGUAGCAUGGAGUAUUGCUGCUAUAUACUGGGCUGGAAAGGGACAAAAAUUCCUUGUUGACCCUGGAAGCCUGGCCUUCUCUGUAACUCUGUUCACUGGGCUUUCCCUCGUCUGUCUCUCCAUUCUCAUGUACCGUCGACGCCCAAGUAUAGGUGGUGAGUUAGGAGGCCCUCGUGUCCCCAAAGUUCUUACUGCUCUUUUAUUCCUGGGACUUUGGCUAAUAUAUAUCCUUGUUGCCUCACUUGAGGCCUACUGCCACAUCCAAGGAUUCUGAUGUACUUCUGGGCAGCUAGCUACUGCAAAUCAUAAAAAUUCUGUCUUCCCUGUUUCCUUCUGGGUUAGUAAUUUGGCUGCCUCACCACAGGUAACAUUAAAACCACAAUCUGAUGAACCUAAUCACCACUUCAAUGACAGAGAGCACAGUUAUAUUUUAACUUCACAGGCAACUAUUACACCAGACAACUUUUUGUUCUGAGGCAAUAACUGACAACUGCACCAAUGAAAUUCAACCAUAAAGAUGGAGAUAAUGCCUCUGCCACGUACAAUUAAUAUUUACCUCUACAAUCCAAGACACAAGUAUGACUACUGAAGAUCCCCAGGCUUCCACUACAGUGCUUUUUCUGGGGCGAUUAAAUCAAACAGCACAAUUUAACAAGAUAAUUACCACAUCCAGGGCUUCCACUGCCCCAAUGGGCAAAAAUAAACUGGUCUGCAUUCCAAGGACAAAUAACAGAAUAGAGACAUUGUAAACACAACACAUUUGUGCAAGUAUUGUUAUAAGACAUUAAAAUGUAAAAAAGGGGCAAAAAAGCAGACAUUGAAGAAUGUAUUUUCUUAGUCGAGAAAAAGUCAAUGCAAAAACAGACAAACUAAGAGAUAAAAAAAAACUAAUAAAAAGAAGUGAAAUGGGUUGGGGAAACACUAGAUAAACGAUGGAGAGGAAAGGAGGAUGGGAAUAUUUAGCUGAUGUAUAGAAGUGGGCAAGGAUGCAUAAGGCACAUAUGGAACUAGGAGGAUUGUAAUAAGUUGGAAAAGAGAGAAAAGCCAGAAUGAGAGAUAUGAAAAAAUGCAGUGAAUUAAACAUAAAUGAGAAUUUAAAGGUACACUCCACUGCCCAAAUACAAAAGAAAAUCUCUGUUUAGUAUAUAUACCUUCAAUGAAAACAUUUGUAUUGUUCAUUGGGAGUAUAUCUGAAAACAGCUUGCAAAAGAUGCAGUUCUCUUGUCUGGUGCCUUUGCAAACCCUCCCAUUCUAUCCCCGUCCAGACUUUCUGUGGCUGUCCAAUCACAGACUUCCCAAUGCAGCACAAUGAAAAAUCUCUACAAAUCAGGUUCUCUGGGCAAUUGUCUGCUUCUUGAGUUCAGCUUCACUGAGCAAACAGACCAGGAAGUAACAGGACCUUUUGUCUGAUUGACAGCCAGAGGAGUGUGACAAGUUCAACUUAUAAAAGUGCCAAUUUUGAUUGAAAUCUGCACUCUCUGUAAAAUAAUUUUUAAAAAUACACUCUCCACAUAUAAAGCACUUCAGCAACCUAAAGUGUUAUAGGUGUUUGGAGCGUUCCUUUAAUAAAGAGAAAGGAUAGCAAAACAUGGCACUGGAGAGAUGCAGGAAUAGUGAGAUUAGUACAUAGUGAUCGGGGAAAAAGAACAAGAGUGAAAUGGAAGAGAAUGUCUAAGAAAUUAGAUUACAGUGUAGGUUGUCAUGACGUCACUACGAUUGUGUCUUGUAAGUUUUUUGCACGUCAGAUUACUGUAUAUUCUAUAUCGUAUGUGUGUCUGAUGCUAUGUACUGUACAUAAAAGAUGUGUUUGCUUUGUAAUGUGUGAUACUAAUAUGUUUUAAGUUUGUCAUGUAAAGUGUAAGGUACGUGCAGCUCAUUUAUAAGUACCUCUGAGUGUCAAAAUUUGGUGUGAUUUUGUGUACAGGUGAGUGUGUCAUGUACACUCUGGCCCUAAUUUACUAAUCUGUAGUAUUCAGAACUGUAUCUUUGUUUGAUUUCACAUGUGAAUGACCCUAGUAAACAAAGUACGGGUAUCCUCAUAUGGGUUGUACUUGUUAAGCAUAUAAGGAAAAUUUGCAGACCACUGGUAAAAAUGGAAGACGUAUUGUGGGAUCUCCAUCUCAUAACUGUAGUACAAAUAUUUUCUAAACCAGGGGUCAACAACAAGUAGGUCCAUAACUGUAUAGAGCUACAACUGCCAUGGUGCUUUGGCAGUCACUGAACGAUUGGACAAGUUGACAAGGCAGUAAAUGUCCGCCAAGGCAUUCUGAAAUUUGUAGUUUCACAAACGGAAAAUAAAGCUAACAGCUUGCUAUCCCUGCAAUAGACAUUGUCGAUAUUACUGCUACUGCUACCAGCAGACAAAAAGCAACAAAAAAAAAAGCUUUUUAUCAACAACUUUAGCUGUUGAAUAUGAUGAGGCUAUUUUGUGGGCAUUAUGUGCUCAAUAAAUGGAAUUAAAAUCACCUCAUCCAAUGUUUUCAAUUUAAAGUAUAGCUAUCUGUUUUGAAUUUUAAAGGGUUACUCCAACCACCAUGACCACUUCAGUGAUCUGUAGUGGUCAUGAUGGUAGGAGCCUGGGUGUGCAGUUUUUCUGCUUGAAACACUGCACAUGCGGAGUUAUGUUUAAUUUUGUGCCAGGGGCUAGUUGUCUAAUGUCAGUUCUGUGCGUAUUUAACAGCUGUCGUCAGCGAAAACAGUGUGCUGGCAAGAGACGUAAAAAAACCCUACCCCCUUGCAGACAGUAAACCAGCAAGGGGAAGUUAGGUUUCCCCUCCCUCACUUUGGGCACUCCCUCCACUACAAGAAUAUGGUUUUGUUAUUUUUAAAUAAAAUCUACUUCCUACCCACUACCCUGCUCAGAUUGCACACAAAACAGCCGUCUGUGAACGGACCACGCAAGUGCAGUGAUGUCAGGAGGGGGAGUGGAGAUCAGCCCUGGGACUUUCACCCGACGCUGGAUGUCAGGUAAGUUUUAAAAUCGUUUUACAUUUAUUGGGGGGCUGGGGAACUAAUAGUAAUGCUCCACACGGCAUUGUAAAUGUAAAAAUAUAAUGUUUUGAAAAGGGUUGAAGAAACCCUUUAACGGUGAUAAUGAGCUUGCAAUAUACAAGGGAAUUUUAAUGAUGCUUUCUAUGGGAGUCCAGUUGGGUCUUACCGUGGUCACUGGACAAAGUGCCCGCGGUUGCUACAUAGAUAUUUUAUUUAGACUUGUUUUACUUGUAUAAAUAUUUUUGCAGACAGUUUGAAUUUACACUUUAGUAAAUAUUGGCCAAAUUGUUACAAUUUUUCAGGGGUGUGUGUCUUGUUUGAGGAUUGUGUGUGUUUAUGUUUAGACAUUGUUCUGUAUGUGAAACUUCUAAUGGUUUAUAUGUUUCAGUUCAUGUAUGUGCAGAUAAAUUGUCACAGGUGAUGUAAAUGUUUACCAAAACGUUGUGCUACUUUGUACAAAAGGAACUGGCAGCUCUAUGGUGCUUGUGGAUCAAGUAAAUGCUGAACAUUCUACAUUCUGUGCUACAUUAUAUCCUGAAUGCUCUCUAUCAUUUGUAUGUUUUAUACAGAGUUCUGGUUAAUGUCCGUCUUCAAUGCCAUAAUGUCCUGAGUGAUUUCUAUCGUAUGUACACCAUAAUGUGUGCCAUAGUGUCCUGGAUGCACCUUCAUAUCCUUCACCAUCAUAUCUUCAUCUUGUGGCUGCCACAGCAUUCUGGAUGAUCCCAAUCUUGCGUGUGUCUCAGCAUUCAGGAAAAUCUUCAUUAUUUGUGUCCAGUGUGUCCUGGAUUAUCUUCAUCUUGCUUCUAUCAUCAUGUCCUGGGGGGUGUCAGUCCUAUAGUUCCUUGGGUGAAUCCCAUAUUGUGUUCAUCAUAGUGCUCCCCAACCCAGUCCUCAUGGACCACCAACAGUCCAGGUUUUGUCGGUAUCUCCAUUGGAAUAAAACAGGGAAAUACAUAAAUCCUGGACUAUUGGUGGUCCAUGAGGACUGGGUUGGGGAACACUGCUUUAGAUGGUCUCUUGCAUGCUACCUACUGUCCUGAAUGAUGUUCCUCUUGUGUGUGGCACAUUCCUCGUGUGAUCUCCCUCUCUUGUAUACUAUUGUAUUUGGAUAAUAUCCAUGUCUGGUGUACUGUAACUUCUUAGAAGAUCCCCGUCUUGUCUGUGCCACAGUUCCCUGGAUGAUCUUUAUUUUUAGCUUGUUCCACACUACCCAGAAUGCGUUUGAAUGUUUGUGUUGCUGUGCGUCUGGAGUGGAGAGUUUUACUUUAUGUUUUGGGCUCACUUCAUGCUCUGUGUGCUGCACAUUCCCACUAUGUUUCACAGUGUGUUGGGGCUCACGUCAUGCGGGAUGUGUGUUCAUGCUGUGUGCGCUGCACUAUGUUGUGGGCCCUCUUAAUACUGUGUGUGAUAUAUUGUGUGUGUUCCUGCAGUGUGUGUUGCAGAGUUCCCGCAGUGUGUUACAUUGUGUGUGUUCAUGCACUGUGUGUUGCAGAGUUCCCGCAGUGUGUUACAUUGUGUGUGUUCAUGCACUGUGUGUUGCAGAGUUCCCGCAGUGUGUUGCACUGUGUGUUGCAGAGUUCCCGCAGUGUGUUACAUUGUGUGUGUUCAUGCACUGUGUGUUGCAGAGUUCCCGCAGUGUGUUACAUUGUGUGUGUUCAUGCACUGUGUGUUGCAGAGUUCCCGCAGUGUGUUACAUUGUGUGUGUUCAUGCACUGUGUGUUGCAGAGUUCCUGCAGUGUGUUACAUUGUGUGUGUUCAUGCACUGUGUGUUGCAGAGUUCCCGCAGUGUGUUACAUUGUGUGUGUUCAUGCACUGUGUGUUGCAGAGUUCCCGCAGUGUGUUACAUUGUGUGUGUUCAAGCAGUGUGUGUUGCAGAGUUCCCGCAGUGUGUUACAUUGUGUGUGUUCAAGCAGUGUGUGUUGCAGAGUUCCCGCAGUGUGUUACAUUGUGUGUGUUCAUGCACUGUGUGUUGUAGAGUUCCCGCAGUGUGUUACAUUGUGUUCAUGCACUGUGUGUUGUUGGUUUACCAGAUCAGUGUUUCUAGGUCACUGUGAUCAGGUCUGCACACUGUAGUUCAUUGGAAAGGGCUUGGUUUGAAAAUGCUGCCUGACAGCAUGUGAGCUAUAUAUGGUCCUCUGUGAAAUCAGUUAAUAAAUUGCAAUGGUUCCUUUGGGAUCCUAGUCCAUAAACAAUUCAUGGAUUUCAUAACAGGUGCACAAGGAUUCCGCAUACAGCCAGAAAGCACUUUCCAACCCAGCUUAGCUUUCAGAACUGCCAAACCUGCUGCAGAAACUUGUGGAUCUAUUGCUUAUAAUCUGUUUACAUUUCUGUAUCAUAUGAGCCUGCCAUUGGUCCUCUUCAAUCUGUAUGUUCCCCACUACAUAUGUAUGGCACUCAAUCCUAGGUUUUCACUAACAUUUUUAUAUUGCAGUUCCCCCAGCGUUACCCAUCAUGUUUGUAGUAUCAUAGGUGCUCAUUCAGUGUGUAUAUGUGUUUCAUAGGGUUGUAAGUGGUCAGACCUCGAUCUGGCAGAGUCACCACAACUCUGAAGUUUUGUCUGUCAGAGGCAGUAAGCAGACAAAGCCACUGAACUAUAGCCACACACAGCAGUACAUGGGCUAGCUAAGGCAGGCUCAGGGCCUCUCAAAAGGGGGGAGUCCCAUCAUAUAUUGGGUGUAUUUUCUAGUUACGCCACUGUAGGCGAUCUAAAUUAUUUAUUUGUUUAACCUCUUAAGGACACAUGACAUGCCAUGAUUCCCUUUUAUUCCAGAAGUUUGGUCCUUAAGGGGUUAAAUCCUGUCACUUUCCCAUCAUCUGUGGCUUUGUUACACAGAGGCUUAGGUAAAUUCUCUUUUUGUGUACAAAGCAUUCCCACCAUGUAUGUUUAUUAACAGUAUUUUGCGUGUUUCCUACUGUGUAUUUGUUACACAGUGUCCAGUUCCAGAAUGUGUGUCUGUAUGUUUGAGACAGUUUUCUGGGUAUUCCUCACUGUAUGUGUGUGUUUAGUUGGGCAAAGUCCUGGGUGUUCAGUGUUGUUAACCAAUUAUACAAUGUGCAAUGUCAUAGAUGGUGCGCACUCCAGUCCUCAAGGCAAACCAACAGCCCAGGACAUUCCCAGUGCUGUUUUUUAGUUGAUACUGGAAAAUGUGGACUGUUAGUGAGCUUUGAAGACUUGGUUGGGUACCAUUCCUCCACGCCACUGAUGACUAACUGAUGUAUGUGAAAUUUGGACUACAUUCCCCAUUAUACUGAGACAAAACAACCAAAUAACAGUACAUAAUAAGAAAUGUAGUUCAUAAGAGAGAAGGUGCCAAAGGCUAGGCACCACUGUUCAUGACAUAUGCUCGGUGCCUUGCACAGAGUAAUAAGAAUUCUAAGCCAGAGUUUCAAAACCUGUGAUAAGACUGAUGUGAGUGACACUUGUACUAUUUUUUUUUUUUUUUUAUUAAAAAAGUUUCUUACAACUGUGUAUAAAAAUGUGUAAAAUAAAUGAUGUGUUGUUUGUGUUUUUCC